AUGGAGUUCUUCAACGACGCGGGUGAUGAUCCGCUGAAGCCGACGCUAUUCGAACUCGUCGCGCAGGAGCAGUUGAGAGACCUCCUACAGCCCGCACUCAAGUAUGUGCUCUCGGUCUUCGCGCAAUCGUAUCCUCGCUACUUACUGCGAAUAGUGAACAAGCAUGAGGAGUUCUACGCGCUACUCAUGUUCUUCGUCGAGAGGCACUACCUCCGCGCUCACGGCGCAUCAUUUGCGGAAAACUUCUACGGUCUGAAGAGAAGGCGGGUGCCACUGUUCAAGACCGAGCGUGCGAGGAGCGCAGUCGGCGGCGUUUUUCCAGAGGAGAAGCUACGGGACCGAGACAUAUGGCGGUCUCUACUAUUCCUGGUAGGACUUCCCUAUGUGCGUGCGAAAGCGCAGGACUACUACGAAGAGCUGGGGGGCGGCCUCCAGACGGACCUCAUUGAGGACACGCGACCCAUCCCAGUAGAUGAGGUGCGUGCGACUCAGGAGCAGACAUGGAAGGGGCGUUUGAAGCGAGCGUACAAAGCCGCGUACCCUUGGUUGAACACUUCCUUCGAGGUCUGGUUAUUGGUCUACAACAUCGCGUAUCUUUUCGAGCGGACCCCGUAUUACCGACCAUGGUUAUCUUGGGUGGGAGUGGAUUUGCGUCGGGUGAGCGCAGAGGACCUGCGCGCGGCGCAGGUUGCAGUCCGGACACCUCCCGCCCCCAAACCACGGGGCGUACUAGAGUCCCUCACACGAGUGCUGCGGAGGUCGCCGCGACUGUUGCUUGACUCGCUUAAGGUGCUCUUACCCACAGCCAUAUUCUUCAUCAAGUUCCUGGAGUGGUGGUACUCGCCGUCGUCACCAGCACGGUCGUUGUCGACGUCCCCGCUCGGACCGGUCGUGCCGCCGCCGCGCCUGCAUCCCCCACAUCCACAAGGAAUUAGAGUGGAUGACGUUGAGUAUGGGAUGUGCCCGUUGUGCCGGAAACAGAUCGCGAAUGCGACCGCGUUCCCGUCUGGUUAUGUCUUCUGCUAUCGGUGCGCACACGACUGGGUGGAGAAGGACGGACGGUGUCCUGUGACGCUUGUGCGGACACGUAUGUGGCAGCUGAGGAAGAUCCUCGUGUGA